AUGAAUACUACAACAUCGACGGCGAAUCCGACAUCCUAUCCUACACGAACUCGAAUGGGAAGUCUGACGAAACCGAGAACUCCCCGAGGUACUCCUAAUGGUCAUGUCAAUGGUAACGGUAUCGGUGAUGGGAGCGAUCAAUUGUCAAACUCUAGACCAUCCAUAAAAGCUUCUCCAUCAGAAUCAAAUAGACGUAAACCGACAUAUACAUCUUCACUUCAUUAUCCAGAAGUACUACCCGCGCCAACAUUCUUCGCUAAUGAAGGAGAACUACAAAGGAGUCAACGUCGAUCCAAAGUCGAAGCUUUAACUAAAUUAGAUCGAGCAGGUACACCUAUACAAAUCAGUUCUGGUCCUACUGCAACUUCUUUUUUACCAACAUCAGUCCAACCUUCUUCUUUACCUCAACCUAUAUCAGGACCCUCUUCAUCGAGGAAUCCAUUACAUAAACCUGUUAUGAUCAAUCCAUCUUUCAAUCCUUCUACUGUACGCCAAGAAGCCCCACGUCAUCCCCCUACAAGGACCGCCCCACGUUUAUUCGGUAUAGAAGAGUGUCCAGUUUACUAUCCGACUAUCGAACAAUUCAAAGAUACGAUGGGAUAUAUCGCUUCGAUAAGUGAAGAAGCUAAACCUUUUGGUAUAUGUAAAAUAGUCCCCCCAGAAGGAUGGAAAAUGCCUUUUACACUUGAUUCAGAAAAAUUUAGAUUUAAAACUAGAUUACAACGUUUAAAUCAAUUGGAAGCUGCAUCAAGAGCUAAAAUCAAUUUCUUGGAUCAGCUAUCAAUGUUCCAUAAUCAAUCAAGUGAUGGUCAAGUCACUAUACCAAAAAUAGACAGACAACCUUUAGAUUUAUGGCAAUUGAGAAAAGAAGUUAACAAAUCAGGCGGUCAUUUGGAAUUAGAUAGAACAAAAUCUUGGAAUAAAAUUACAGAUUCUUUAGGAUAUAAAUCUUCUUGGUCAAAUCAAGUUAGAGAUGCUUAUAUCACAAUCAUACUUCCAUUUGAUAACUACUCUGUUAGAGCAAAAUCAAUAUCCGUAUCACCUUUGACUCCUCUCACGAAUAACAUCAAUGGAAAUGGAAAUUCAAGACCACCAGCUUUUGCGACGGAUAUUCCGCUCUCACCUACCCAACCUCAGCCUCGUUCAGCGGGAAGAAUGGGAUCUGUAAAGAUCAGCCCAAAGACUAGAUUCAGUAGUCGAAUGGCUGGUAUCAGUGCUGGUAACCAAGGAUCGCCCUUGACGACUACGCCGUUAACUUUGUCGAAUGGUUUGGCAGCUCCAGCUGAAAUCGAAAGACCGUCUUCUGCAUCUUCACAAACACUGAAGAUAAAGGUUCCAGGGUUUUCGACAAGAGAUGGUAGUGAGAGCGAAUUGAGCGAUGCUGAUUCGUCUUCAGAAGGCUCACCCAAGAACCGUAAAAAUCAAACACCAGAGUACAAAAAGGGAGAUGUGUGUGAGAUCUGUCGAUUUGGUCAUUCAGCUGAGAAGAUUCUUCUAUGUGAUGGCUGUGAUCGGGGAUUUCAUACAUACUGUCUUGAUCCGCCACUUGCGUCUGUCCCGACCAACGAAGAGUGGUUUUGUACCUCGUGUCUCUUGAGUCAAGGUGACGAUUUCGGUUUUGAAGAAGGUGAAGAUCACUCAAUAGCUUCUUUCCAGGCUAGAGAUUCAUCGUUUUCUUGGCAUUGGUGGAAUCGUCAUCGACCCGUUCCAUCUUCAUCUACAUCCUCGCCACCCAGGAAUAAUAGUCAAACCUCAACGCAGAUAUCGAAUUCGAAUCCGCUUGCAAGGAAUUUCGGUAAAGUCUCAGUCACGGAGGAUGACGUUGAGAGAGAAUUUUGGAGGUUAACCGAAAGUCAAUCGGAUACCGUGGACGUCGAGUACGGUGCCGAUGUCCAUUCUACAACCCAUGGAAGUGCUGGACCAACGAUGGAAACUCAUCCAUUGGAUUCGUAUGCUGCUGAUGGAUGGAACUUGAAUAAUAUGCCCAUCUUACCUGAUUCUCUAUUGCGCUAUAUCCGAUCAGAUAUCUCAGGUAUGACAGUUCCGUGGAUUUACCUCGGAAUGAUGUUUUCCACAUUUUGCUGGCAUAACGAAGAUCAUUAUACGUAUAGCGUCAAUUAUAUGUAUUGGGGAGAAACUAAAACAUGGUAUGGGAUACCUGGCUCCGAUGCGGAAAAGUUUGAACAAGCUAUGAAAUCUGAAGCUCCUGAGUUAUUCGAACAACAACCCGGAUUAUUGUUUCAAUUGGUAACGAUGAUGAAUCCUGGUCGAGUGAAAGAAGCAGGUGUUAAAGUUGUUGCAUGUGAUCAAAGACCUAAUGAGUUCGUCAUCACAUUCCCAAAAGCUUAUCAUUGUGGAUUCAAUCAUGGUAUCAACAUGAACGAAGCUGUCAAUUUCGCAUUGCCUGAUUGGUUAUCGGAUGGGAAAUUAGCGGUCAUGCGAUAUCAAGAACAUUCAAAACCACCAGUUUUCUCACACAAUGAGUUGCUGAUCACCAUAACGCUAUACUCAGAGACGAUCCGGACUGCACUGUGGUUAAAGGACAACCUCACGCAGAUGGUGGCAGAAGAGACUCGUCGACGAGAUAAAUUACGAAUCGCUUAUCCAUCUUUACACGAAACUCAGAUCGAGGAAGAUAGUUUAGAAGAUCAAUACCAAUGCGCUAUUUGCAAAUCGUUCUGCUACCUCGCACAGAUUACUUGUACUUGCACGAAACUGGUAUCCUGUCUUGAUCACGCCGAUCAACUUUGCUCUUGUCAUAAAUCCAAACGAACCAUGCGAAAACGAUAUACCGAAGCUCAACUAGAAGAGAUUUUAGCUAUUGUUGUAGCUCGAGCUGCUCACCCUGCAGCAUGGCGAGCUAGACUCUAUGCUUUAUUGGAAACACCUCGACCUCCACUGAAAUCCAUGCGUGCUCUAGUAGCGGAUGGAGAAAAAAUCGCUUAUCCGAUGCCUGAAGUUCAAAGCCUGCGAGCCUUAGUAGAUCGAGCCAACAGCUGGGUAGAAAGAGUGUCGGUGUUGGUCACUAGGAAAACAGCUGGUAGAAGAAGGAAAGGUAAGAGAGAUGAGGAUGAGGAUGAAGACAUGAAUACCGAUGGGAGAUACGAAACACUCUUGGAACUCGACAAAGAAGCUGGAAAAUUAGCUUUCGAUGCACCGGAAAUACCUCAACUCAGACAGUUACUCAACAACAUUUCACAUUUCGAAUCUGAAGCUUCUAUUAUGAUGUCAGCACCAGAUCAUGAACUGGAUUUGGAAGAAUGCAAGACAUUACUUAUUCUAGGUGAAAGUUUGAACGUCGACGUACCUGAAAUAUCACACAUCAACAAUAUUGUCAAUAGGUUGACAUGGUUCAAGAAAGUUGAAGAGGAGGUAGAUGAUAGAACCCUCGAAUAUGGAGAUACUGUCAAAUUACUCGAACAAGCAGAAGAGUAUGAUAUACCAGAAAAUCAUCCGACUGUAUCAGAACUUAAAUUGCGAAGAGAAAAAGGUGCCGAAUGGUUAAAAGCCGUCGAUACGCUUUUCAACGCACCCACUAUCAAGAUUGAAGAUAUUUCAGAAUUGAUUGAAGGUAAAGAACUGGUUCCUGUGUCAUUGGACAAGAUGCGACAAUUAGAAAGUAUCCGAAAGACAGUUUUGAACUGGCAAAGCUCAGCUAAGAAUUUCCUUUCUGCCAAUGGAUCCGCUUUGGCCGCUUCGCGAUUAUGCAAGAAUGUGUCUACAUCUUCUGCACCUAUCAAUCGAGUUGUGAUACCUGAGAUUGACGAACUUCAAGCUGAACUUGACCAUCACGCUCAAUGGCAAGAAGAGAUGUCAAACAUAUUAGAGAUACAAUCAUCGAAAUUAUCAAGUACGAUGACUUACCUGAAAAGAGAAUUUGAAUCUCAUUUGUCACCAGAAGAUGAUGAACCCAACGAUGAAUUUGUUUGUUUCUGUAGAGGUACAUCUGGAGCAAUUAUGAUCACAUGUCGAAAUUGUCAAGGUGAAUAUCAUCCAAGAUGUGUUGGGAUAUUACCCAAAUACGCAAAUAAUCCAUAUCAAUGCGAAAUGUGUCAAAGAUUAUUACCUGGAUUAUCACCUUCAUUAAAUGAUUUCGCAACCAUCGUAUUCUCAGAAAGAUGGAAUUUCAAAAUCGUACCUACAGAAUUCAAGAUAGCACAGGAAAUAGUUGAUAUAACUUUAAGAUUCUCAAGUAAAAUAUUACAGAUUAUCGAUCAUAGGAAUUUAGCAAAACCUUUUUUAGAUAUUGAAAAAAUCCAACAUUCAAUUAGAAAAAUAUACAAUUUACCUUUAUUACUGGAAGCUGUCAACAUUGAAACUAAUGAUAAAGUGGUUUUCAUCAAAUGGUUAUUUACAAGAUUACAAAAUGCUAUCAAAUAUCAUAAUGGUCUAUUAUCGUCAUCAUCGACAAUAUUAAAUCAAAAUGGUAUUUCACAUCAAAAAGAUAAACCAAGGACAAGAGGAAGAAAACCGAGAUUAAUCAUAUCACAAUCGUAUCCAAGAGAAUUCCAUUGUAUAUGUACUAUGGCAAAUGACGACAAUCACGACAAUGAAACCAUACGAUAUGGAAAGAAUACAAUUGAGUGCUCGAAAUGUUCUCAAGGAUAUCACUUGGCGUGUGUCAAAGCCCCCGUGGAAUUAUCAGUUCAAUCAAUCUCACAAGAAGAAGAAAAUCCUAUCAAUAAUGGUAAUAAGUUUUGGAGAUGUCCCUGUUGUGCAGUCAAAGAAGCUAAAUAUUAUAUGAAAGGUGUUGAAGUCAGAGUACAAAUGAAAGAACAAUUCGGUACGGAUCAAUAUAUCGACUAUCGAUCUACAAUCAAUGAAUAUUCUGAACUACCAAUAAUAUCGACUUUACAGCCUUCAACAGAUGUCAUCAUUCUGGAAUGUACGAAAUUCGUCCCGCCAAUCUUACCUGAAGAUUUCGUCAGAGAUGAUGCAGCUGUCGAUGUCGAUGCGAAUGGUAAUGUCAAUGUCAAUGUCAAUGCGAAUGGUAAUAGUGAAAAUUCAAGGAAGAAGAGAAAAAUCAGACCGUCCGAUGUCAAUUGUAAUGGCACUACUCAUGAACAGAUUCAUUCUACGUCCACGUCUAUGCCUGAAAUGAAUCAAAGUAAUGGAUACCCAACACCAUCAUCCUUAUCAAGGAAUCAAAAUUCCACGAAUGGUUUACAAGAAAAUCAUCAUACUCAUACCUCUGGUCAGCCACAAACUGCUUAUCCUUCACCUGUUCAAUACCCGAUAAUACCUCGACCUCAAACUGCCACUAUAUCAAAUCCAUUACCGCCUCAACCAAGUCCACCAAAAGUUAUGCUCGAUCAUCCUCGUUCACAUACAGGUGUGUUGGAUCACCAUGGUUCACAACUGCACUCAAAUGGACAUCACCCUUCCGCUAUCACGAAAGGAACAGGAACAGUGAUCGAGAUUGAUGAUCAACCGCCUGCUUCGAAGGAAGACGAUAUACAACCUACACCUACUCAAUCGGCACUGGCGAAGACGGUAUCACCUAGACAACCUCCACCUCAUGUAUUACCACCCACUGAGGAAAUCUCGAUCCAGAUUGCAGAAGACGAAAUAUACGCGAUUCCACUACUUUCUACGACGCCUCGUGUGGCCGACACAGAUGCAUCGUUUCAUCGUCAUUCGUCACCUAUUCUUGAUAACAUCAAGGAAAUACCGGAAGACGACCAGGUGCAACAACAUCAAGAUAUCCCAAUUGUCGCUUUGCCUUCAGUGGCCGCAGCAGAUACUGUAUCCUCGGCAUCUGGAUGCGAUGCCAAGGAAACCAUCCGAUCCAGGUCUAAUUCGGAUUCGGCUACAGGUCCAGGCUCGGAUUCGGGUGCCAAGAAAAGAAAGAUGUCCCCUAUGGAUCUAUCAGAAGACAAUGAGAAUGGCAAGGAACAAAUAAUCGUUAGUCCGACAGUAGAGUUUAGGGAGAGGAAAGGUUCAACGCCGGAAGAUGCAAUUGUGGUUGAUGAGUGA